AUGAACUAUUUAAGUACCUUCAGUAAAUUUAAAUUAUGCUCACCAAAAUCACACUUCAACAACCGCACAACCACAUCGUAUACGGCUACCCAACACAAACCAUACCACACUCCACAACACAACAGAACAACACUAACACACCACGCAACCCACACAAACACAAUCCAUACCCCACACAUCACAAACCCGAUCACACAACCAUUCCCACACAACACUCGACAUAACUACGUCCCCCACACCAACACCCACACAACCUCUACAAACUCUUCCCCUCAUACACAACCCACACCACACUACCAGUACACACACUACCUCCACACAAACACCACCAACCCAACACACCCACCAAGCCCCACGACACACAGCAACCAAAGUCAACCCACCCACUACAACUACAACUAUACAACCCACACCAUUUACACACAAGCCCACAUACGGCCACGACCGGACACCAACACUACACCACACACACCACACUCUAUUACACGCACGACUACUGACAACCCAACAUAUCCUGGACACAACUACAACAAGAACGCUUCACAUCACCACACCCAAUCAAUCACACACCUCACACUAACAGACUCUGCCACACAACUACGACUUCUGAACACCAACCCACAUACACGACACAUGAAACCAGACCCACUACACAUAAUACCUCUCACACAUCACACGAUCCCACACUAA